UCCUUCCGAUAUACAUAUUCUCUAACUAAACACAUUAUUUAUAUCUGCAACACGCGACCUGGUCCGGAGUCACUCAAGCGAAAGAAGAAUUACUUUCACGGCAUUGGAAAGCUCUUGCAAUUCUUCAUCCUGCCAAAUUGUACGAAGCUUUCUUCUUUCCGCUACCUCGACACGACGAUAAAUUGAUCCGCCGUCUCACCUUUGCGAAAUCAACUAUAUACCCAACGCAUACCCAAAAAAGAAGAAGAGGAAAUAUUUCGAUAAGUGUUCCAAGGGGCCGAAAAAAAAAACAAAAGAAACAAUCAUGUCGGCGGCGUCAUACAAGUAUAUCAUUUCAAGGAGAGUCGACCCGGUUUUUGCACUGGCGAUUGGUGUAGCUGCUGCCGGUGUGCGGAUACGUCGUGAGGAGAAAGAAAAGGGACAUGAUGGCUGGCAAGCCCUGGCGUUGGGAAUGAGGAGAAUCGGUGUAUCUGAGAGCUUCAGGAGGCAACUGGGUCUAGAUGCGCCGCCGACAAAGACCGUUGGAGUAGAGUGA